GACUGAGAGAGAGGGAGAGAGACUGAGAGAGAGAGCGAGAUAGAGAGAGACUGAGAGAGAGGGAGAGAGAGACCCUCAAGUCUAUCCAAAUAUUGCUUCCAGUCCGGUAAGUGUUAUGAGUGGGCCUAUCAUCCAGCAUAGGCAUACACGAGUAGCCUAUUCAUUAUUCAUGUCAUUGCAGUUGCCCUGUUAUGAUACAGUCCUAUUUGGAGAGGGCUACCUGAUUUGCUCAGCGCGUCCGUCAAAGCAGUGCGUGGCCCUGCGUCGGCUGGCUGUGCGCGCUCAUAGGUCGGACCUAGAAGAAUCGGAGGGGGAGCAGGCGAAGUACGCGCCUACGAGACUGCGCGCCGCAAGGAGGGGGAGAGGUCCAGCUGCAAAAAAAAAAAAAAAAAGAAAGAAAAAAAAGAAAGGAAGAAAAAAUACGCCGUGACAAUGGCAACAUCAAGCAUCUCGUAAAAGCUACAUAACAGGCGAGGGGGCGCCGCGGAACGGGAGUUUGAGAGGCGACGGCCCCUGUUUGUCCCGAGAAAAGCGGCGAUAUUAGGACAUGCUGGCUGCCCUGUAGCGCGUUUCCUGGAAUACGAAUUCUUCCGUAAUUGAAAAUGGAGCGGCGGGGGAGAGGAGAGUCGCGCUGUCUCCAUCAUUGAGAGGCGCGUCCACCUGCUAUUACUGGAGGCCCAGGCUGCUGCUGCUGCCGCCGCUGCUGCUGCUGCUGGUGCUGGUAGUGGCGGGGAGGGUGGGUGGGGGGAACAUGCAGGGGAAGUGCUUGCAUUUCGGGGGAAAGACGCAUCUCUGAUACUGUCCAAAGCAGCGGAGACGGAUCCCAUUGCGACGGGGGAAAAAACGCAGUUUGGGCGCAUACGCUCUGGAGGUGGGACAGUCAAAAUGAUGCGUAGGAGGUGCAGCGUUGGGCCGUAUUGAUGGAUGUGUUAACAGACAGCAGUCUCACAUUGAUUGUGAAGACUUCAGAACCAGAGAAUGCAAAUGUACUGGAGAAUACAGGGGUAUGUGAGCAGGGUGGUGAUCUGAGUCUGUGCGGGCUCGUUGAUGCUGCUCUCCCUCCAUCCUCACCUCCUCCUGCCGCAGAGACUUCCCAGCAGGCCUGCUCAACACACCAGAGGACCACGCCUUCAUCGCCAACCCUCCCCCUGCCCAUUGGCACUGACCCCUCUCUGGGCCUAACAGUGGCCCCCUGCCCUGCCUCCGAUGACUCUCCAACUGUAGUCCCCCACCUUCACCACACUCCCACUCCUACAUCACUUCCCACCCCAGAUUUAACUUCCUGGGGCUCAACAGGAGAGACCCAGAAAACUCCCCUUCCGCUGCCCAUUGCCCUCCCUCUGUCAGCUACAAUGAUGGAGCCUGGCACUGUGUCUGCCCUGACAGAGGAGUGUCUUCUUCAGCCUUCCCGCACCUGCCUCGGCUGCUUCAUUGAAACCCGUGAUGCUACUGACCCUAAUUCCAUCCAGAACCCGCCUCAUGACCCUAACGCCAACCCUGACACAGAGUCCGGGCUAAGCGUAAGGAUAGGGGAUGUGAGCCGAGAGGACUUCUCCGACAUCAACAACAUCAGCAUCCAGUGCCUGAGCCAUGCGGGGGAGGCAGUGAGUCACUACGGAGAACAACUCCUCUCUGACCAGCUACUUAGCUUUCCUCUGCCGAAAGCCCCAGGUGAGGGCAAGAGAGUGGAUGGAAACAAAACAACAGAGGAUUGUGAUGAUCCAGAGGAUGAUGCAACAGCUAAGAACCUGUAUGAGGGACUGUUACUGGACAAAGUGAGCGGAGAGGAGGUUCUGCUGGCUAAUGCCGGUCAGGACUGGGGCUAUUUUGAGUCCUUCAUCAGUGAGAGUAAGAUGGAGCUGCUGGACCUUUGUUCUAAGAACGAACUGUCAGUCAACCUCUUCUCUGAGGAAGAUGUUGACAAUCUAUUUGAUGAUGAGGACGAUGAUUCAACUUUAAGCAGCGAUGUCUGUUCGCUGAAGAUUCGUUAUGAGUCUUUCCAGGACAACAUGAGGGAAAAAACAAAUGUGCUCCAGGAGGAGACACAGUUCAACUUCUUCCCUAGUGUCCUGGCCAACUGUGCCAAGAAAGAGGAAGGAGUGGGAGUAUUGAGGAGGAGUGCUGAGGAGCUUCAGCCUAAAACUGAUGAGCUCAUCCUGGAGACAGGACAGGAAGGAAAGGCUGGGGACUGCAGUGGUAGGAGCCCCCUUGAUGGCUCCCAGGGCUCACCCAUGUCCACUCCCAAAGUCAAUUACCUAAUGGACUUCAAUUCUACAGAGGAGUCGGGAGAAUUCAGCGAUGACAGCUCCUGCACUGGCUCCUCCUCAGACACCCUGCAGGAGGGCAAAUUUAAAAAGGGCCACUCAAAGAGAUUCCUCAGCCCCUCCAACCCUCUUAACUACGGCUUGCGCUCCAAGAGAAAGGUUCGAUACAGUGAUGAUUACUUGUAUGAUGUUGACUCGCUCGAGAGUGAGAAGAACGCAGAGAAAAAGGAGAAAGCUCCUGCUGGUCAGAAAGAGGAGGAGGAUGUUGACUGGUGCCCCAAAAAACGUCGGAAAUCCUGUCGCAAAGAGCCACCCGUGGUCAUCAAGUACAUCAUCAUCAACAGGUUUAAAGGAGAGAGACUCAUGUCAGUGAAACUGGGCAAGUUAGACCCUGUGGAUGCUACUGUGAGCUUAACCGCCGACUCAGUAAGCAAAUAUGAGACACUGGCUCCUUUGAAGGAUUUCUGGCAGGAGAGGCAAAGAGAGAGACAGGAACAGCUUAAGCUGGCUGCCAGAGAUAAACAACAACGAGGUUUUCAUCUAAACGGACGCCAUCAUCGCCCUUUUAAUUCUAGUCAUCCCAAAAGGAAAUACAAGAUUGCAAACAGGCUUAAGGUUCAGAGGAUUCACGCUGUGGAGCAAUCAGCAACAGCACAGGGCUCCCCUCUCUCUGAUCAGGGCCAGGGAGGUGUCACUAAAGAGGAGGCCACCCCCACGGUAGGGGGAAUAAUAGCAGCCCCAGGCCUCCCAGUCACAUUAGACACAAACUCCAUCACGCACACAGUCACGGCCAAGAGCCGCUCCCAGGAGAGAGAGGAGAGGGAGGGGAGGAGAUUGGGAGGAAAUAAAACAGUCAGGAUAAGGAAAUUCAAAAGCGAAGCCAGGCUGAGGAGCAAGAAAAUGAAAGAGGCAGAAGGAGAGGAGGGGAGGAGCGUGACAAAUGAAACGGAUGCCUGUGUUGCUGCAGCACAGAUUGAGGACCCUACUGCUGGGUUAGAAGAGGCAGGCAUUAGCUCUACUACAGUCAAACCCCAUUUCUCUGACAGUACCGCCACUGCUCACACAACUGAGGAGAAAUUCCCCUUUGUUUCGUCCACCUGCUCUCCUGACAAAGCUUCCUCCUCAGAGGAAGUGGAAGCGGGUGUCCCUGUCAUCCCGGGGGGCUACCUGCAGACCCUGUUAGAUGCUACAGACUCGUCUGGUGGAGCAACUAUCUCUUAUUUCCCCCAGCAGCCCUCUAGGCAGCAGUAUCCUCUGGCGCUGUCCCUGGAGGAGAAACAGUUUUCGUCUCUGCAGCUCGCUCAGAGUUGCGUCCUCUCGCCUCCUUCUGAAUCCGAGCUCCAGCAGUCUCCGCAGAACUGCCCCAGCUUCCCCCAGAUGUGGCACCCACAGCUUUGCGCAAGUCACAGCCAGAGCUUUGGGCCAGAGACGCCUGAGACUCCCAUCUUACCCAACAACUUCCCCGGUGCUGUGCCCCUGAACGACAGCCUGCCAGUGUCUAACUACAGCCAGCUGAGCCCUGAGGCUGACAGGCUGCUUUAUGAGAAGAGCUACCUGACUGAGGCUGGGCUGCAGCCCGGGGCAGAUCUGCAAGUGUGUCAGACUGUCUGUGUGGAGGGCCAGGUGCAAUACCAGAGAGGGUCCCUGUGCACAGACAACGGCAGGCUCAUCAGCUAUGACUCAGUGGGCUCUCUGUCAGCCUCCUCUAGCAAUUACAGCUCCCUCAGCCUCAAGUCUUGUGAGCGGGAGGGUGAGGAGGAGGGCCGAGACAGCUUCUUAGCUCAUUGCAGUCCUAAAGUGGUGAUUCAGCAGAGUGUAGACGCCCUUACCCCACUCAGGGAGUCCUCAGACCUGCUGGAUAUCUCCAACUUCACCCCUGACAAGUUUAGACACUCAUCACUGUCAGAGCUUUCCCCUCCCGAGACCCCCAACCUGUCCCCCCAGGUGGUGGGGCGUGAGAUGAAGAUAGCAGGGAAUGUUGGAGAAUUCCAGGAUGUGAAUGAUAUGACUAUGGACUGCAACAGGGAGGUAAAGUGGAACUGUGACGUUAUGCAGCAACAAGAGCACACAGCAAAUGCAUACACAGUGGAAGAAAGCCAGUUUCCACUGCACAACUUCAACAGUCAGGAUGUGUUAGGUUUAGAUAAAAAGGAGCUGGGAGUAACCGAAUUCGACGAACAGACUGGUGAGAUGCUGCCUGGUGCGAAAAGCAUUAAGUCAAAGAGGAAAGGCAAUUGCAAACAGACAGCUGCAGGACAGAGCCCAAAGAAAGUUAGAGCUCCCAGAGCUCCCAAGUCAGAAAAGGUCAAGACCCCUAAACAGAACUCGCGUUCCACCAAAAAGAUAAAGGCCAUGUUAGAGGGGAAGGCAGCAAAGAACCAGGCAGGUGGUUGUGGCACAGGCCUGACUGACAGUAGCAGCACUGGGGACUGGUCUGGUACCGGCUGGUCAGAGAGCAACAGUCUGGUAGGGGACGACCAGAGAGAAUUCGAGGAGCCCUCCAAUAUUCUGUCCAACAUUGUCUCUGGCAUGGCUGAGGUCCAAAGGUUCAUGAUGGCCUCCAUUGAGCCACUGUGGAAUCCCAUGUCGGAGGCCUGUAUGCCCUCCGAGGCCAACAGCCUCAACCUAAAGACCCUCAAAAUCUUGGCAGGCACAGAGGCUGACCUGAAGAAAAAAGGAGCCGUGCUAACGGGGGCUGGGAGAGGCAGAAAGGCUGGGGGAAAGGGAGUAAAAAACCAGGCCAAAUUCAACCCCUCUCAUCCCUUAUUCCCCCAACUAGCUCUGGGCUGUAACAUGUUUGAUAAACCCAACUUUAUUAACCCUGGGCCUGCACACAAAAAGCUGUACCGCCACAAGACCAGUGCAAAGUUUCCUCGGAUUGAGACACUGAAGGGGAAGCGAGGUGAGAGGGACCCAAAUAAGGACAUAGCACUGAUGACCUCUUUUGAGAAACUGAGGUAAUAUUUUGUUAUCAGCUGCUGUUGCACCCCCUUCUCACUUUCCCCCUCUACCUGCUCAGCCCCCUCUCCCAAGCAUACCUACACUGACGCUAUGCCAGAGCUGCAUGAGUACUACGUUCCCCCUGACUACUCCCACUUCCUUUUAACCCCCGCCCCCCCACCCCACCCCGCCCCCCCGAAGAGGAAAUUAAUAUCUGCAUGAAAAACUUCUUGUACUUUGCAAACUACCUAUUGAGUGAUUGUGUCAAGCUUGAUUGAGAUUUGAAACGACCAUGGCUGCAUUUUUCUUGCUUUUGUUGUUUCUGCUUUGUUUGUUCUUCUUAUAGUCGUUUUUGUUUUAUUUUUGUCUGAAAAAAAAAAGAAUAAGCCUUGAAAACAGUUCUGUCGCCUUUUUGAGGAACUUUGUUUUUGUAUUUUCUCAGCAGAACUAACUCCCCGGAAUUAUGUAUUUAUUCCCCCUUUUCCCUAAAGAUGUAGCUAUAUACACAAAUGCAUUGAGUGACAUCUACGCACCCCUCCUCCUCAUCUGUUUUUGUAUGCAGAAUAUGGAUGUCCUGUUGUUGCUGUCCUUCAUACACUGCCUGGCUCAUUUCAAGAGGGAAACCUACAAUUAAUGAGCCCUAUUUAAGCCCAAGACAUCUUGAAAAACAAGAUGGGACCAUUUUGUAUUGAUGACAUAUCAGACAUUGUCUUUUUUUUUUUUCCCUCAAAGUCGGAAUGACUCCCCAUUUUCUUUUGUCAAGCAUUUUUUUUUUCUUCUGGAGUUUAGAGGAACUGGUUAUCUAAAUUUACAUUUUUACGCCUUGCAAAUUCAUAAAAGCUCCACCCUCAGAGUAUUUUUGUCAAUGUUGUUGUACAGGGACAUGCAAUAUUUGCAAAAAAAGAAAAUUAUAAUCUUAAAAUCAAUGUGCCAAAAGUAACAAUGCUGUGUAAAUGACCUCUUAUAUAUGUGUGAAUAUUGGCUGUUCCUCUUUUCUAUCCAUUGGAAUAUUGGCUGCUCGGGUUGGAGACUACUUACAGAGACUUGCCACUACAGGAAUUCUUUAUUUGGGACUUUUCUCUCUCCUCUGAUGAAAGGCACCAACAGCUGGCAGUGGUACACUACCACUCACUAAACCAAAUCAGAAAGACUCUGAAUUCUCCUCGUUUCCCCCACUUUGUUUGCCAAAUUCAAUUUACCUCAACAUCGCCUGGCACUGAGAAGCAACAAAAGAGAGGCAAAGGGGAGAUCUGCUCUGAAGGCUACUGUAGAGGAACAAGAUGGAAAAAAAAGAGAUGCUCAAAUGAGCUUUCUCUGGACCAAGGAGAGUGUAGUGCAGAUGUUUGAGGGUAAGCAAGGAAAUUAUUUGUCAUUUGUCAGAGGCUGUGCCUCAUUGAAUAGCUGUUUUGUACUGGAAAUUCAAGGUGGUUUAUUACUCAUAGAGAUUCUGAUGCACGCAUCAGUUGUGAAUGGACAUUACAUUUUUGCAGUUAGAUUUAAUGUGAAUGUGAAAGCAGUCUUCAGUACAAAUGGAAUCAGUAAUCUUGUAAAUCAAGGAAAGCAUGUCUUUGCAUUGGCUCCACAUGGGAAUCUUACUUCUAUCUUACCUGAAAUGGUAAUUUAAACAGUAAUUUUUCUUGACAUUCUCAUGUAAUUAAUUUCUUAACACUGCCAUAGUUCAUAAGUUGCACCACUGGUGUAUUCAGUCUCUGUUUAUUUUGGUUCAUUUUUUACAUAAUGUCUAAAUUUAACUUCUUUCUUUUAAAGGUACUUUCUUUUAUAUGUUGUCUUUAAUUGUUAUCUCAGUUUUAGUGGGUCAAUAUUUUGGCAGAAAAUCUUGUCAAAAUCAAGGCCAAAAAGGGCACAAAUUGAAAAAAGAAAUCGGAUCCAGUGUUUACCCAGGCCAUUUACAUUAAUUACUUUGGGGUCAUUCACCAUCUUAAAUAAAUCCACCUUAAAAUGGAACUUACAAUCAUGUUUAAGCGGCUAUAAAAUCGCUAGAUUUUAUGUAAUAAAUGAAUUUCAGGAGAAAUGCAGAGCCCCGUCAACUGAUUAAAAGGGUAUCUUUUACAAAUAUAUACUCAAACAAUAGGCUUAUAUUUUCUCUCCCUUUUGAGCGUUGAAUUUUAUUUUUAAACACAGCAGUAAUUACAUGAGGCUGCGUGGAGAUGUGCGGACAAAUUGAAGCUUGAUUUAAAAACAGACCUUGUCACACUGGAUAUGGUAAUUCUGACGCACAGGUGAUAGUAAUUGACUGCUUGCAUAUGGCAAGAUUCAUAAUCAAUCUUUCUCUGUCUCUUCUUUCUCUCCUCUGUGCCAUGAUCCUUUGUUUCUUUUCUCCAGUGUAUCAGGGUUAGGACCAAGACAAGCUGCUGAUGGGAAGAUCCACAUGGGCUGCAAGCCCAUUUAGUCUGCCUUCUCUCAUUUCUGCCUAUUGUCAAAUUGAAUGUACUUCUCUGAGUUCAUAGUUCUUUUUCUUUUUUUCUCUUCUUUUUGUUUUUAAAAAUGUGCCACUGUUGAGCUGCCUCAUGUUAAUGGUGCUAAGAAAGCUGUUGAUUCUUUUCUUUUCUUUUCUUUUCUUUUUUUUCCCAGAGUUAACAAAAAAAGAAAUGCAAAAUAGAUUAGGUACCUAACCCUCUUUAUGAAUGUAUAUUAUAAUGUUAUGUUUGAUGUAUUCACUUCAUGAUUCUUUGACAAUGAUUGGAAUUACUUUUGCUCUUUUCAUUAAAAGAUUACCGAGCUUUAUAUAUACUGUCUAGAGUUGUUACCAGAAGGAAUCUUAAUGAACUCUUGACACUACAAAAUCUUGUAUAUUUUUUGUGUGCCAAUUUGUAACAUAUUUUGUAAGUGUAUAUUUUUCUUAGAAAGUGCUGUGAAGUAUUUGUGUGUGUGAGUAACCUUUUAUGCGCCUCUAUGGGCAGUGGAAAGGAUAUACAAUGACAAGUUUCUGGUUUUAAAAACCAAAAUAUGAAAGUAUCAACAGAAAACUAGAAAUAUUUACAUUUUGUUGGGAGUUUUGUAAUAAGACCAUGAUCUUGUUGUGAGAGUGUUGUGUUACUGUGCAAAACACAAAUAAGCAAAGAAAAAAAAAUGAAAACUUGGAAAAAAAAAUAUAAUUUGUGAACAAUUUGCUGUUUUAUAGAUUUUCAUGUAAAUUAUUUGAGUAUUAUUUUGUUUUUUGUUUUGUUGUAACUGUUGCAAAGGUUUUAAAUAUUUGUGAUCAAGCCUGUAUGGUGAUAAUGUAAUAUUGGUAACUUGCUGAGUUUUGUAAUAAUGUUUAUGGAGUAAAUAUACAAAUUAAAAUAAGAUUUUGAAUGCUG